AUGAAUUUUGAACUGAAAACAUUCAACUCGACUGCGAGAUGCCUUUCGACCCUGCCGACCGAACUUGCGCAUCAGAUCAUCGAUGAUCUGCGAGUCAAAGAUGUUUUGAAACUGCUUAUCUAUGACCACGAUCGUGUCAGUGCGCUCGUCGUAUCACAUCCAGUCUGUCGUGCUAUGUUCAAUUUGACUAGCGAUCAAAACAUUGCGAAGGUCCAAUUUGCCUCUCAGUUAUAUCACGACAUAUUCCGUGAAGUGCACCCGGCGCUCAGCGCCGAUGGUUGGUUAAGACAUGCGUGGCUUCCGCUGAAUAUCCACUGUGUGAAUCUGAGAGACCGAGAUUUGAUCAUGACUGAAAUGAGAGACCACAUCCACUGCGAGCUUUACCUACAAUGGCGAAAAGCAGAUCUGACUCGACACGGCGCCCCUGAAUAUCGCGACUUGGAUGAGCAGCGCGCUCCUCCUCCUUACAACAAGUUGGACUUCGAGGCCAUGAGGGAGCGAUGGGAGGCGAUUAAGACGGCAAAGGCCAGUCUGUUCGGGAAAAUGUCCGCUGAACUUGAUUGGGCUGCAGAUAUCUUGAAAUCGAAUCCAGAUAUUCUCAAACGCACGCUUGAUCCGCACCAACUACGACGGUCUAACACCAAUCAUAUCACAUCCAGAAUGCAAAACGAUGCAGGGAAGAUCUUACGGGCCUCGGGUCAAAAAUUCAUAGUGUGCGAGCACUUCAAAUACGCAUUCUUUGAAGUUAUUCCCUUUGACUUCGCGCUGGUUGAAUUGUUGGGUUUGAUGAAGAAGCACGGUCUGGUCACUGAUGAUCAGUUGAGGAUCGAUGGUACGCCUAGCUCAGAUAUCGAUGUGUCACAUCCAUCUUCGAUCCGUGAGUCAGCGCAAGCCCUUGUCAAUGGAAUGGCUCAUUUCGAUGUAUCACCCGAGUUAAAUACCGAAAUGAGGAAGACUUUGCGAGAGAUGGCAAACAACUUCGGAACCGAAAAUUCCGAAGGAAUCCUGGUCCCCCGGACGGGCAAUACCCCUUGGUCGGGAGAGGAAGCUUUGGUGGACGGUGUCGAUAUGGAGGGACCUUUUUUCACACCAGGCAAAACCAUGCCCACCAACAAAUUCAUACGACCUGGUCGUAGCCGCUGGGACCCUCACGGCGAGGGAGAAAGGAAAUGGCUGGAGGCGUUUGUGAACUUGUAUCGGUACUUGAAAGGGCUGUGA